AUGACUCCAAUGAUGGGAACAAAAAGUGCAAAGAAAUCAUCACGCUCACUGUUUGCGAAUGAUGUUUUGGUUCAUAUUUUGGAAUAUGUGGACGCUCGGACCCUUCUGAAUGCAUCUUUGGUGUGUCAAUCUUGGAACGAGUCCAGUAAUCAUGACAUGUUGUGGAAAUCCAAAUUUAAACGAUUUGCUCAUUUGAAAUCCUUCUCGAGCAACAUUAAAAAGGAAUAUACAAAAUAUUUGAAAGAGAGAUAUGCCAAAAUGCGAGCCAUAGAUUCAUGCUGUUAUUCAUGCUGCAAAUCUAUGAAUUGUUAUUGCUGUGCUAGUUCUCCUUUGGCUGUGAUUUUAUUGAUUGCUUUUUUAGGAGUUUGGUUUGGAUUGUUUUUUGGAUUGAAUCUUAGAGAAAUUCAAAUCAAACAUGUUUGGCAUGCCUCUACCUGUUAUGUUGUAGCAAGAGAUAUUCGUCCCUAUCGAUGUUGUGAUCGGAGUUGUCCAAAUUGCAAUGAAUGUCCUAAAGGCUUGAGAAAAUGUCAAGAUGUUCUUGCGACUUUGCCAGUGAAUCAGACUGAACAAUGUUGCAAUGGAUUCGCUUGCUGUAGUACCUGUUGUGACACAUGUUCAAGUUGCGACAACAAUGGAUGUACCACCUAUUCCUGUAAUUGUGAAUGUUGCAGCUCAGUGGAUGAUGAUUUUUGCACUGUCACUUGUUAUCAGUGUUGGAAACCCAUCGUGUUCAUGCAAUACAAUACCACAGAAAAUGCAACCAUCACUUCAAGCAUGGAGGAGGAAUGCGGUACCAACUUUGACUGUGUCGAUUCAUAUUUUGAAAUUUGGCAAAUGGGCAGAAAUACCUCAUGUUGGUACGAUCCAUCGAAUCCAAAAGAUUUUUCAGUGACAAAUGAAUACACUCCUUGGAAAUUGGGAGUGAUGGGUUUAUUUGCUGCACUGAGUGUGCUUUCUUUGAUUUGGAUGGUAUGGAUCGUACUGGUUUCCAUUCCUGCAUGUUUUGUGCUUAACAAAAUUCGAAAUGAGAGUUUGAAAAUUAAAUUGGAGAACGAAUUGAUGGAACCAUCCAAAUGUGGGAAUUCCUUCUGA